AUGGCUCAAAUGAAUCCAGAAGGAAUGAAAAUAAUAGAAAUAGAUAAUAAUAUAUAAUCAUCAAAAUAGUUACUGGAGAAUUCCUAAUAUAAAUAAAAUCAAUAAGAAUAUUAAGUGAGAAAAUUGAUAAAAUCAAAUAGAAAAUAAAAAAAUAUAGAUAGGCCUAAAGUCAUAUUAAGUCUUUCACAAUAAACCUAAAGGCCUUUUUAAACUAUUGCAAAUUAUGUUAAUGAAAAAACAACUUCUUUAAGAGAUUUAAGUUUUGGGAAGAUACCAAUCUCCACCAAUAAAAAACCUAAUUUCAUUCCAAAUAAAAGUUUUGCUGAAUUUUAAGAUUUGGUUUCAUCCCCAAAAUACUCUUAAAAAAAAUCAAACCUUAUUUAAUCUUGUUUAAACUUACCAGAUAUUAAAUUCAAUUAUUCUUCUAGACUAAAUAAUUAAAAUCCUUAUUUGAUAAGAAGGGGAAAUAAAUCGUACUAAAAUCUUUUUUUGCAUUCUUAAAAAGCCUUAUGA